CGUGCGGCCCACCAUGCGGACGGCGCUCGCCCCGCCAGCCCUGCCCGGGCUCCCCAGGCGGCUGCCCACGGCCCCCGCGCGGCGCCAGGACUCUUCGGGUUCUUCGGGCUCCUACCACACGGCCCCGGGCUCUCCGGAGCCCCCGGACGUCGGGCCGGACGCCGGAGGCCCCGCGAAUUGGCUCUGGGUGGCCCCUGGGCGGGGGGCGGGCGCGCAGCCUCUCCUGUCCGUCAGCGCCCAGAAUAGCCGCCAGCAGCCCCGGGCAGGCUCGGGUUUCCCGCGAGGCCCGGGCUCGGGCCCGCCGCCGCCCCGGCCCCAGCUGCGCAUGCUGCCGUCGGGCGAGAUGGAAGUCAUCUUCGGCGCCCUGCCUCCGUGCGGCCGCUCCGACGCGGAGGAGGAGGAGGAGGAGGAGGAAGAGCAGGGGGGCCCGGUGCGCCAGCUCCCGGCGGCGCCGCCGCGGCCCCGGGCCCCCGACGGGGGCUCCCGCUGGGCCACCUACCUGGAGGUGCGGGCCGGUGGGCCGGGUCCCGAGGUCCGCCCGCAGUUCGAGUGCGUGGAGGUGGCGCUGGAGGAGCGCGCCGCGCCGGCCAGGCCCCGAACGGUGCCCAAGAGGCAGAUCGAGCUGCGCCCGCGGCCCCCGAACCCCCCGCGGGCGCCCGCGCCGCGCCCGCGGCUGCUGCUGCGCACCGGCUCCCUGGACGAGUCGCUGGGCCGCCUGAAGGCCGCCGCGGGGCUCGUGCAGACGGCGCUGGCCCGGAAACUGGGCACCCCCGCGGCGCCCGCGGGCAGGUCCCCGGAACGGCCCGACCCCCAGCCGCAGGAGGCACCUCGCGGCCCCCGCGCGGGGCCGGAAGACGGCAGAGCCCGGCCGCCCCGCGCGCUCCACGGCUCGGCCCCCGCCCGCGCCCCGCGGCCCUGGCCCAGCCUCCGGGAACGCGCGAUUCGGCGCGACAAGCCCGCGCCCGGCACCGAGCCCCUGGGCCCCGUCAGCUCCAGCAUCUUCCUGCAGUCCGAGGAGAAGACGCAGGAGGGACUCGACCCGGAGCCCACGCCCCGGUCCCCGCGGGACACCCCGGAUCGGACUGUCACCGGGGCAGAUCGGAGCGGGGCCCCGAAACCCCGGAGCCCGUCCCCGUCCCCGCCGCCCUGGCAGUCUCCAAACGGGGCCCUGCGGGGUCCUCUCUGCCCGGCUCCCCAGAACCUGCCCCCGGGCGGCCGCACCGUCUGGAGGGUGACUAGCCCGUCCUUCCCCGAAGCAUCCUCGGCGUGGGGAAACCGGAGCGCCAAGGUGGAGAAAACGGUCGGCCGGAGAAGCCCUUCCCCCCUCGCCCUUUCCCCGUGGGCUCCUCAGGGGGUCGCCGGGGCGAGCUGCCCAUCCCCCGAGGCUCCGUGCCCGUGGCAAGUCCGGCCCCCCGACGUGAGGGACGGUGCAGGGCCGUCUCCCCCAGCCCCGUUCCCGUGGGAGGCCCCCGAGGGUCCCCUUGCGGUGCGGAGCCCUUCACCCCAGGAGGCACGGGGGCCCGCGGAGCGGGGCUCACCCGCCGCGUGUGCGCGGGGAGGCAUGAACGGCACCGCGGGACAGCGGGCGUCACCCGCACCGUCGCCGCCCGGGACUCCAGAAGCCACGGAGGCGCGGAGCUCGCCCGCACCGGAGCUUGCGGAGCUCGCCGUCCCAGGCCGCGCGCCGUCGCCGGAGGGAGAAGCCCCCGAGCCGCCGCCCCGUGGUCCUCUCGCCGGCCCCCUGGACGGCCGUGAGCUCCCGGAGGCCCUGGGCUCGGGGGAAGCGGCUGCGGGACGCCCGCGCGUGGCCCUCCCGCGGCCGCGCGACGUGCGCAAGAUGGUGAAGAACACUUACGCGCCCCGCUUCCCCGCCCAGCCGGCGCCCCCCGCGCCGCCCGGCGGGGAGGACGGGGAGGACGGCGGCGCGCCCCGGGCGCAGGGGGCGCGGGAGCCGCCGGGGCCGCAGCUCCCCGCCCCGGCCCACUACACUUCGGUUUUCCUCAAGGAUUUCCUCCCCGUCGUGCCGCACCCCUACGAGCCCCCGGAGCCGCCCCUCCACACCGCACCCCCGGACGCCCCGCCGUCGGACGGGGUCCCGCGGCGGAGGGCCGAGAACAGCACCGCGAAGCCCUAUGCGCGCACGGAGAUCCGCUUGCCCGGCGCCCUGGUCGCGGGCCCACGACUCGAGAGAACCCCGGGAGCCCGAGGUACCGGCCGCGGGAGGCCGGAAGCCGGCGCGCAGCGGCCCGUCCCCGACGGCGGCGCCCGCGCCCUCCCCGAGCCGCCCCCCGCGGGGACGGAGGGGGGCCGCCGACCCCGCCCCGGCUCCCCUCGGGCGCGCCCCAGCUUGAGCCCUGGGAUCGCACCCAAACUGGAGACCUGUCCUGUGGCCCCGGAGCCCGCGGCCGUCGAGGCGGCGCGCCCCGCGGAGCCCCGGGCCCCGGCGCCCCCGCCGCAGCCCCGCGCCGCCUCGGCGCCGCCCACGGACGGCAUCCCGCACGGCCCCACCCCGGGGCUGCGCGGGCCGCCGGGAGCCCCGCCCCCCGGGAAGGUCCUGGUGGACCCCGAGAGCGGCCGCUGCUACUGGGUGGAGGCGCCCCGGCAGCCCCGACGACGGCUGCUCUUCGACCCCGAGAGCGGGCAGUACGUCGAGGUGCUGCUGCCGCCCUCGUCCCCCGGGCCACCCCGACACGUGUACACCCCGCUGGCCCUGGGGCCCGGCCUCUACCCGCCGGCCUACGGGCCUGUCUCGGGCCUUUCCCUGCCGCCGUCCCCUCACCCGCCGGCCCUCAGCAGUCCCCAGCUACCCUGGGCCUCGGAGGCAGGGCCCCCGGAAGGGGUGUACUUCCUGCCGGUGAGUGGAACCCCCAGUCCCGCCCCACCCCUGCUCUUCUGUGCCCCGCCCCCCAGCUCAGGUCUAGUCCCGCCCAGCAAGGGCUCUGCGUUCCCAUUGUGAAGUCCCCCUACCCCCCCACCCCCCCCACCCCGUCUAAACAGCAGGAGCUUGCAACCCCCUGCCCUUCCUUCUUUCCUAGUCAGAGGGUGAGGGCCUUUGGAGAGUGGAUCUCAGAUUUCCUGGCCGAUGGAGCUACAGCUCAGGAAGUGACUGCUGAUUUCCUCCCCCCAACAGCCAUGCAAAUCCCCUUCCCGUGCCUUCCCGUGGCGUGGCGUGGCGAGUUGGAGUAUGUGUGUAUGCGGGCCAGAGAGUAGGUAACCAAAGCGAGGAGCAGCUGGAAGAGCUGAUAGGAUUUCCCAGGGGCAGCAGGGACGCUGAGGGAGCACAGUUGAUAGGACACGGAACAGGAGAGUGGAAGGUAUGGCAAGUGCAGAUAGGGGGGAAGGACUUGGUUUUGUUUGAGACGGUCUUAUUAUACAGCCCAAG